AUGCGCCGCGGAUCGGGCGAGGACGCUGAAACGUUACCGAAGGCCAUGAAUAAGAAGUCCCAUAAGAAAAAGCAAAAGAAACGCGGGAAGGCUGAAGGCAAGAAUAAGGAGAACGUUCAAGAUGUGAAGGUGGCGGAGCAGGAGGGCUCGCAGCCCCCUUUGCAGACAGGCGACAAGCCGUGCUACGACGUAAGACAUUCUGACGUCAUGGGCAGGUACGUCGUGGCGAAUCGAGAUAUACGCGCUGGCGAGGUGAUUAUCGAAGAGCCGGCGCUGGUGGUGGGGCCCUGCAGCGGCUGCGGGCUCAUCUGCCUCGGCUGCUACCGAGAGCUGGAAGAAGGAGCCGUUGUCAAGUGCAAAGGUUGCAAAUGGCCGACGUGCAGCGAAUCCUGUCCAGGUCAAGGCAAAUACACGGGGCAUGCCACGUACGAAUGCGAUCUGUUGAAGACCGUCCCACCAGACUACAGCAAGCUGGAAGACCUCAAGGAUUGCUAUCAAGCUAUUACGCCCUUGCGAUGUUUACUACUAAAAAAGGAGGACCCGUCAAAGUGGAAAGCCAUAUCGACGAUGGAAGCACACAACGAGCUGCGACUAGCGAGGGGUGACAUAUGGCCUACAAACGAGAAACACGUGGUUCAGAGGUUGAAGAGCUGGGGCCUGAAGUUUGAGAACGAAGAAAUACAUACGGUGUGCGGUAUACUCGAGGUGAACGCCUUCGAAGUGGGGGGCAGCGGGGCGAACGCGCGCGCCCUCUACGACAAGGCGUACCUCCUGGCCCACGAUUGCACCCCAACGACAACGCACACGGACUCCGAGAGGAGGGCGGGCCGACCGAUCACCGUCCGCGCCUCCGUGCCCCACAAGGCCGGCGAACUCAUCACCCUGUGCUACGCUUACACGCUGCAGGGCACGUUAAAACGCCGGGAGCACAUAAAACUGAGCAAGUUCUUCGACUGCGCGUGCAAGCGUUGCUCCGACCCGACCGAGUUGGGAACCUAUUGCAGCGCGUUCCGUUGCCCCAAGUGCGGCGGCAGGGUGCUCUCCGCUGCGCCACUGGAGCCCCACGCCUCGUGGCAGUGCACGGAGGCCGGCUGCAGCUAUGCCAUGCCGGCUGUGGCAGUCCAAAUGCUGCUCAAGAGGUUGACAGAUGAGUUCGAGCAAAUAGACGCGAAUGACGUCGCUGGCUUCGAGGGCUUCCUGCACAAGUACAGGAACGUUCUGCACGACACGCAUUACCUCUGCCUAUCGGCCCUGCAUUCGCUGAGUCAGCUCUACGGCAAAGUCAGUGACUACAUGAUCCACGAGAUGCCCGACCAGCAGUUGAGCAGGAAGAUCGAGGUGUGCAGGGAGCUGAUGAAAACGUUCGACCACAUCGAGCCCGGGUACUCCAGACUCAGAGGAAUAACGCUGUAUGAACUGCACGCUCCACUCAUGGUAUUGACUACGAGGGAUUUCGAGAAAAAAGCCAUUUCUAAAGACAAUUUACGGGAACGUUUAAAAGAGAUAGUAAGGUACCUGACGGAAUCCGCGUUGAUACUGGGCUUUGAGCCCUCGCAGUCUUCAGAAGGCCUGAUGGCUUCUGCCGCCAGAGAUGCUCUCAAGAAGAUCAAGACCUGGGAACAAAUCAUCGGGAAAAUCUCG